AGAUUCAGCACCAGCUCUAGACUCAGCACCAGCUCUAGACUCAGCACCAGCUCUAGACUCAGCUCUAGACUCAGCACCAGCUCUAGACUCAGCACCAGCUACAGACUCAGCACUAGACUCAGCACCAGCUCUAGACUCAGCACCAGCUACAGACUCAGCUCUAGACUCAGCACCAGCUCUAGACUCAGCACCAGCUCUAGACUCAGCUCUAGACUCAGCACCAGCUCUAGACUCAGCACCAGCUCUAGACUCAGCUCUAGACUCAGCACCAGCUCUAGCUCUAGACUCAGCACCAGCACCAGCUCUAGACUCAGCUCUAGACUCAGCUCUAGACUCAGCACCAGUAUCCCAUCUCAAGGGAUAAUGAUCUUGUUCAACUUGUUGUGA